CAGAAAUCCGGGCAGCGGGAGGAGGAUGGCAGAAAUAGUCUUUAAAGCUUUGCAGGGAAAACCUGUAUCCCGAAGCGAGCUGCUGCGCUAUGUUGGCAAGACACGCUGACCCAGGAUUUGCUCCACCCAGUUUUUUCUCCCCAGAUUAAUAGCCUGCUUUUUUCCAGGGUGGCAACUUCUAGAUGACCGUGGCUGGUUUCCCCAAAACUUAAUAGGUUGAAUCAGGUUAGCAUUUGGGAUGAGAGCCUAUAAGGAAACCACGGGGUUAGAUGGGAAACACGUCCAAAAAGAAGGCAGGUAAGGUUGGCAAGAUGAUGACAUGGGCAUGUCAAACCUGGACACAACGUGAAGGACAUCAUAUCUUGUUUCGUCCGGGAGCUCAAGUUGGUACAUACAGCAUUUCCUCUUCAAUGGAGGAACAGGUAGCCAAAAUCCAAGGAAUGAAAAAUACUGUUCCAAAGAAUGAUAAAAAGAGAAGAAAACAGCUGCUGGAUGAUGUUACCAAGCUGGAGUCUGAAUUGGAAGAGAAGCACAAAGAAGAACUAAAGAAGCUAAAAGAAGCAUUACCUGAACAGAAUAAAGAAUAUUUGGCAAGUCUAAAUAUUGCAAAACUGGAGAUUGAGACCAGAGAACAGACCCAGCCUGCUAGAAUAUCAAAAGCACAGAAGAGGCGGGAUAAAAAAGCAGCUCUGGAAAAGGAAAGAGAAGAAAGAAUAGCAGAAGCUGAGAUAGAAAAUUUAACAGGUGCCAGGCACCUUGAAAGCCAGAAACUUGCAAACAUUUUAGCCUUAAGGCAAUUGGAAAUUAAGCAAAUCCCAUCUGAUGGUCAUUGCCUGUAUAGAGCUAUUGAAGAUCAGCUCAAAGAGCAACAAAACUUGUGGACAGUUUCAACACUCAGAAGUCAGACUGCAGAAUAUAUGGGAAGUCACGUGGAUGACUUUCUUCCAUUUCUGACAAACCCAAAUACGGGAGAUUUGUACAGCCAAGAGGAAUUUGAAAAAUACUGUUCCGAUAUAGCAAACACUGCUUCAUGGGGUGGUCAGUUAGAACUAAGAGCUUUAUCACAUAUCUUGCAAACACCAAUUGAAGUAAUUCAGAUGGAUUCCCCUCCUAUUAUUGUUGGUGAAGAAUACAGUAGGAAACCACUAAUACUUGUGUACAUGAGACAUGCGUAUGGAUUAGGUGAACAUUAUAAUUCUGUAAAAACUCUUUUAGAGAACACUGCAGAAAAUGAAAGCUAAUACACAGUUCAACAGAAGACAUGAAUGAUGGCUACAAUUUUACUAAGUGUCUCUAUAUAGGUCUUAAAAUGAAUUCUCAAUUCUUUAAUAAGGCAUACAGGGUUAUACAAACACACACAUAUAUGAUAUGUGUGUCUGUAUAUAUGAGAUCUGUUAUCAGCACUACUCCGUUUAAAUCAUGUUUUUUUUAAAAAAUUCUGCCGUGUUUCUAAUAUAUCUCACAAUAAACUGUGGGUUAUA